AUGAACUUGCUCUUCGUCAAAGCGCUUAUUCGCACUAUUGCCUUCAUCACGUGGACCUGUUUUAGUGCUUGGCUUUUCGUUCAAGUGGAGCACACUGAAAAUGAUUUUGUUGAUCAAAAGUAUCAGUUAUUGCGCUCUCUUUACAUUUCCAUGGUAUCUAAAUACAACAUGACCAUCGACGACUUCAACAACUUUUCCAAUAUUGCACACGAGGCAUUGUCCGCACCUGAUUUUCAGUGGACCUAUCUUCAUUCCUUUGACUUCGUUCUUCAAACGGUGACUACAAUAGGUGAGGACAGUCUACAUCAAAAACAUAAAUUAAAAUGCAAUGUUAAAUAACGCAAUUUAGCCAUUUUGAGUGUCAGCCUAAGGAUGACAAGUUUUAAUAAUACGAUCACAGGCUAGACUGCUAAGAGCCAUAUUUGAUCACCACCGUCGCAAACGCAGAAGGGUAUUGUCCAACGGAGCGUGCCCGAGCAUUUUGCCACUCGAUCGACUGGAAAGGGCCGGGCAACAGUUUUCGAAAGAAUCAUUCGCCAAUUUUUCAUUCGCCCUAUAAUUAUUUCCAGCAGCGAGUAUUCAGGAUUCGUGAUGACUAUUGUAAGCCAACAAGAGAGGCUUGAUGUAAAUCCAUUCUAAACUAGUAAUUUAGCAGUGUUUUUAUUUUUUUUACAAAAAUAACCACAAAAAUUAUUUUUGUUUGUGCUCCGUGAUAGCACAGAAUUGACCUGAAAAAAAGCGAUAUCCUCGUAACAUCGCCCCUUGAAGUGUCAGUGUUUUUAAUUUGUUUUCGUGGCCUAAUUUACAACCUGACUUCUUUAAUUUGGUGCCGAUACGUUUACUGAACGGCCUUGGCUAAAAUUGUUAGGAUUGAUCUUCUUGGUGGUAUUUCCGCUAACAAUGUUUUAAACAUCUUAACUUUCCUCUAUCAUAGGAUAUGGGUAUAUCACACCAAAAACAGAAGGAGGCAAGAUACUUUGCAUCUUUGUCGCUUUGGUUGGGAUUCCGAUCACAAUGCUGGCAUUAAAAACGGUUGGCGAGCUCAUUGUCUAUGGUGUUAACAAAGUUGUUAAGAAGUUUGAAACGAAAGUCCUCAAGAAGUCAGAAGUACGACAACUGCAAACUAAAACUGCAGUAAUCUUAUUUUUAUUAUUGGUGAUGUUAAUAAUGACUGCCUCCAUUCUUCUUGCAAGAACAGCGGGUUGGACCGUUACCGAAAGCGUUUACUGUUGGUUCAUAACUUAUACAACGAUCGGUUUUGGUGACUACGUUGCCAAAGACUUUCCUCAAAGUAUUCAGAUGUUGUCUAGCAAUGGCUCAAGAAGCCACCAGGGCCAAGAAAAACGCGUUUUUGAAGUAGAAGAAACUGCGCGAAUUUUGGGCUUAAUUUUAGCCUUGUUUUUUGGUAUACAAGGUCUAUGUUUAGUCUCAAGUGUAUUAAACUCCAUCAUGGCCGCUAUUGAGGAACUGAACCUCCGUCCUCGUUGUCUCAGAAGAAAAACUGAGGAUCGAACCAGUGACAACAACAACAGUUCUCCAGAGCAGUGUGACAGAGAAUUUAUUCAAGCGUUGUAG